GGGCGUGGCCGGCCAGGAGCGCGUCGCUUGACUGCGCAGGCGCAGUACGCGGGCUCGGAAGCGGCGGCGAGGGGCGGGUGCGAUGCGGCCGGCGGGAGCAUGACAGGUGGCGGGAAGCGGAGGCCGCGCGGGGCGGCGGGCCCGGACGGCGAGCAGUGUGAAAAAAAUGGAGAUGUUAAGAAGAGAAGGUCAAAUCAGGCAGAUAUUGCCGAUAAUCUUCGUCAAGAGGCAGAAGCAUGCUAUCGGCUUAGGCUGCCUGAAGACUUUUAUCAGUUUUGGAAGUUUUGCAAGGAACUAGAUCCUGAGAAACCAAGUGAUGCGCUCAUGUCAAGUGUUGGACUUAAGCUGGUUGGACCAUAUGAUAUUCUUGCUGGAAAACACAAAAAAGCAAAAUCAACAGAUCUGGAUUUCAAUCUUCACUGGAGAUUCUUCUAUGAUCCCCCAGAAUUCCAGACUAUACUUGUUGGGGAUAGCAAAACACAGUAUCACAUGGGAUAUUUUAGGGAUGUGCCAGAUGAACUUCCAGUGUGGGUUGGUGCAAAUGAAGCUAAGAAGGGCUGUGUGAUUACACAAGUUGGUGAUAAUGUCUUUGCAGCAGUCAAAUUAUUUUUGUCAAAAAACCUUAAGGAAGUGACUGAUAAAAAGAAAAAUGCUAUUUUGAAAGACAUAGAUGAAAAACUAACAAGAACAGCCAAAGAACUGGGUUACUCUUUGGAACAAAAAACCAUGAAGAUGAAACAGAGAGAUAAGAAAGUGGUGACCAAAGCAUUUCAUGGAGCAGGCUUAGUUGUUCCUGUAGACAAAAAUGAUGUCGGAUACAGAGAACUUCCUGAAACAAAUGCCAAUCUUAAAAAAAUUUGUAAGGCCAUUGUUGAUGCUCCUACUGAUGAUGAGAGACUGAAGGCCUUUGCACCCAUUCAAGAAAUGCUUACCUUUGUUCAGUUUGCAAAUGAUGAAUGUGACUAUGGAAUGGGGUAUGAACUAGGCAUGGACCUGUUCUGCUAUGGAUCACAUUACUUCCACAAGAUAGUGGGCCAGCUCCUGCCCCUGGCCUACACCCUGCUCAAGAGGAACCUUUUUGCAGAGAUCAUCCAGUCACACUUGGCCAGCCGGCGGGAGGACAAGGUGGACCAGCUCGCUCCCUGAGCCGGGGGGUGCAGGCGAGGGGGCAUCCUUGCGUUCUCGGGUGUGGGGUUUGGGUUUUCUGUGUUGUGCAUGUCUGUGGGUUUGUGCCCCACAUUCAGUAAAGCUUUUCUAAUGAC